AUGUAUGAAAGCUCAACAGGAGGAUUAUCAUGGGAUCUAAAGCCGCGUAAUUCUUUUGUACAAGCCCUACAGAACAUAAAAAUCGUUAUGAUUACACGUAAUAUGGAAAGUCUACAAGGGAUUCUUCAAAAAAUUAGAUACAUAGAACAGAGGGUUCUAACUACCGGAAUCAACAUUAUCAUAGAAUUUCAUAAAGAAUUAAAUGUGGCUAUCCAGAAGACUUUAUCAAUGAGGAAUAAGAAAUUUAGCACCAGAGUAAAAAGUCGAGCAGAAUAUCUCCUGAGACUCCAAAGGGGUAAGUGCGGGAAAUCCAUACUGUACUUCAACAACUGA